GCGGAGGAUUUGUGGUGAAAUAGCCUCCCCCUCCUCUUUGAGAUUAAAUGCAGUAGCAUCCAUGUAUAGAAUCUCACUGUGUGUACGGCGCAACGCGAGUGCAGAAUGCACCUUCUGUGCGGGAAAAGUUGUGGGAGUAAGUGGCAGUUGUGAGACAUUUGGAGAGGGCUGCUGGACACCAUGCACACGGACGUGAUGCUGCUCAUCCUGCUGCUGUGGACGGGCGCUAUGUCCGGGGGAACGUGUCAGAGAGGAGAAGCCGUUCAGCCACACCGUGAGGGCAGAUGUAGAAGAGAAAUUCCAGUAACAGAAGGAUCCAGCAGAAAGAUUGUAAGCCCCAUGACUAAGAGGAGUCCAGAUAAAACUAAAGCCUGGGGUACGAAGUCAGAGCACUUGCUGAGGAUACAAGAACACGACUUUACAAUGCGCCCAGGAUUUGGAGGUCCUGCCGUCUCUGUAGGCGUGGAUGUUCAGGUUGAGAGUUUGGAUGCUAUUUCAGAGGUCGAUAUGGACUUUACCAUGACCUUGUAUCUAAGGCACUACUGGAAAGAUGCACGUCUGGCCUUCAAAAGCAACAACAACCUGAGCAUGACGUUCGAUGGCCGCCUGGUGAAGAAGAUCUGGGUACCUGACAUGUUCUUCGUCCACUCCAAGAGGUCCUUCACCCAUGACACCACCACUGACAACGUCAUGCUACGAGUUUACCCCGAUGGAAAAGUCCUCUACAGCCUCCGGGUGACAGUCACAUCCAUGUGCAGCAUGGACCUGAGUCGCUUCCCUCUGGACACGCAGACAUGCUCUUUGGAGAUCGAGAGCUAUGCGUACACAGAUGAUGACCUGAUGCUGUACUGGAAGAAAGGGAACAGGUCAUUAAACACAGACGAAAAAAUAUCUCUCUCCCAGUUCUUGAUCCAAGAUUUCCACACCACCACCAAGCUGGCCUUCUACAGCAGCACAGGCUGGUACAACCGUCUGUACAUCAACUUCACCCUGCGCCGCCAUGUCUUCUUCUUCCUGCUGCAGACCUACUUCCCUGCCACUCUGAUGGUCAUGCUGUCCUGGGUGUCCUUCUGGAUCGACCGCAGGGCCGUCCCUGCCAGGGUGCCACUAGGUAUAACCACGGUGCUCACCAUGUCCACCAUCAUCACUGGAGUCAACGCCUCCAUGCCCAGGGUGUCCUACAUAAAAGCUGUGGACAUUUACCUCUGGGUCAGUUUCGUCUUUGUCUUCCUGUCGGUGAUCGAGUACGCUGCCGUCAACUACCUGUCCACUCUACAAGAACGCAAAGAGAGGGCACUCCGAGAGAGGAUGCCAUGUACCUGUGGUCUGGUCCAUCCUGGCACCAUGUCAGCCAGCUACAGUGAGGUGGAUGCCAACACAACAGGGAAUUAUGGCAGCAUGCCAAGAAAUGGGGUGAAGCGGGAGAGGAUGCUGGUGCAGCUGAUGGAGAACGACCAGGUCACCGGCCAUGUGAGCUCCGGCACCUACAGCAGCGCCGCCAUCGACACACACGCCAUAGACAAAUACUCCAGGGUCAUGUUUCCUGGAUCCUACAUCCUCUUCAACUUCAUCUACUGGUCCAUCUACUCCUAACACACAUGGGAUGUAACCCAAGCCUGAACACUUGUAAAACAAGUGGGAUUAAAAAUUCAAGCUUUUGUGUUUUCAAAUGUGAAAGAAAGGAGAUGGAACAGCUCAAUCCAAAGAACACUAGUGCACAGUAGAGAUUUUCAGGCGGAACAGACCCCUAACAUGUUCUCCUUCACCUUGGUCUGCAUGUUUUUGAAUGGACAGCACCUCAAAGGACCAAAUGACCCAAUGUGACUUCAUCUCCAGGUUACCUGCCAAUUAGACUUUUCACACCUGUUUGGGGCUUUAUAAACUCUUCAAUCGAGGUCUUGGGAGAAAUUGCAGGCAGUGCAUCAAUGAAAUACUAAAUGCAGUUUUUUUUUUUUAACCUAAGGUCGAUUUAUCUCUGUUUAAUUUUGAUGUUUUUUGAUGUAAGAACAGGUCCAUCUUUCACUCCCAUCACCCUUUUUUCAACCAAGCAAGUGAAAAGCAUUCUAGUCUAAUUGCCAGCAUUGUGAACCCGGAAAUGCAAGUUGUGAUAGAAAUGUAUAGUGAGGGUCCCCAGCACAUAGAAACUGGAGGAUGCUAACUUGCAUAUGUUGGGCAAUUUGCAGAAUUAGCCAUUAAGUUGUGUUAUUUAGCAUUCAUUUGCAUAUCCAGACAAUAGUUAAAAAAUGGUUUGGCCAAUUUUGGAGUACUCAAGGGUACUCAACAUUUCCGGGUUCACAACAGGACUCUAUGAGCUGGUACGCAGACUAAUGGUCUGAGGGACUCCUCAAGACCCAUGAUGCUCAACAAAUGGAAAGGCUUCAUCUUCUUCUCUCACAUUGUUGUCGUGAUGGUGCAAUGCAUCCCAAACUCAAAGCUCCUAGUGUGCGAGUUUCCUUUGCUUCAUGUUGAUGAUGAUAAAAACCUGUAGAAGCUGUGUAUUUGGUCCCAUUAAUAUGACACCAAUGCAGACAUCGUUCUACCAUAUUUCUUGUUGAAAAUUGUUACAUUUAGAAUAAAUACAUUCUGUACUCGA